GUUUGCUCGAAUCCAACUAGCGGUGUACGGCAUGUUUAUUUACGGGGACCAACUGGGGCAGCAGUGCCCCGUGGUCGGGGCAUUCGAGGAGACGGGGUGGAACACCCAGUGCCCCAUGUACGGCGAGUGGUCGCGGCAACCCGAGCGCGACUCGAGGAACGGUGUUUACAAUACAAUGAACAGUGGUCUAUCGGUGCAGUGUUAUAAGAACUAUUAUUCCAGUGAUGUGCCAAACUUUGCGCCACAUGUCCAGCAAGUCCCAUAUUCCUACGUUCGUCCGACGCUGUUUCAGGCAAAUCUGCCGUGCGCCCAGAAUCAGAAUUGGGAUUACAACAGCAUGUGCUUCAAUGUGGACGGCCAGCCUUGUCAGUUCACGAAUGUAGUCGAUCUUGAGGACUUCAUGAACAAUGAGAAGCGCAAGGAGAAGUCGCGAGUGGCGGCGCGAUGUAGACGCACCAAGGAGGUGCAGAUCUUCGCCGAGCUGACCGCCGCGCUGCCCGCCAAGAAGGAGGAGGUGGAACAGCUUGACAAGGCCUCCAUCAUGAGGCUGGCUAUAUCGUACCUGCGUGUGCGUGACGUCGUGUCCAUGUUGCCCGAAGACUCGGAGCCGCCCAAGCUCCAGAGCCCAAAAGGCUUAGAGGAGAUCCAGUCGGAGCUGUCGUAUAUGAAUGCACUGGACGGCUUCGUGCUGGUGCUGUCCCAGCAGGGAGACAUCGUGUACUGCAGCGAGAACAUCGGAGAGCAUCUUGGUGUCUCUCAGAUGGAGAUAAUGGGUCAGAGUGUAUACGAGUUCAGCCACCCGUGCGACCACGACGAGGUGCGCGAGGCUCUGCGCACCGCAGACGGCCGGCGAGAACUGCUGCUCCGUAUGAAGUGCACGCUCACUAGCAAGGGGCGGAAUGUGCACCUUAAGUCGGCUUCCUAUAAGGUCAUCCACGUUGUCGGUCACAUGCUGACUCCUAAAGACAAGAAUAAAACUGAGAAAAAUAACAACGAUGAUGAAGACAAGAAAGACCCCAAAACGGGGUCUCUAGUCGCCGUUGGCAGGCCGAUUCCUCACCCCUCUAAUAUCGAGAUACCGCUCGACAGCAAGACAUUCCUGUCGAAACACAGUCUCGACAUGAAGUUCACUUAUACUGAUGAAGGGUUGAUGAACACCCUGGGCUUCGAGCCGGACGAGCUGGUUGGCCACUCGCUGUACGAGUACCACCACGCGGCAGACAGCGCCUCGCUCAUACAUCAGUUCAAGUCGCUGUUCUCCAAGGGGCAAUGCGAGACUGGGCAGUACCGCUUCCUGGCCAAGACGGGCGGCUACGCCUGGGUCCAAACCCAGGCCACCGUCAUCACCGACAAGCAGCAGAAACCAGUCAGCGUGGUCUGCGUCAACUACGUCAUAAGCGGUAUCGAGUGCAAAGAUGAGGUGUUCGCUGCACACCAAGUGCAGCAUGCAGAAUUGAAACCGGCGGUUGAACUGACUCCGACAGUACCAGCGUUGCCUCCGAUCUGCGAGAGCGACGAGCCCCCGAACGGUGCCAUCGUGGCCCACAUAAUCCCGGAGGAGGAGCGUCCUAUACCCGUAACAGAGCUCAUAUUUGCACCCAAGGAGAAGGAAAUGAACAAAGGAUUUCUCAUGUUCUCUCCAGGCGCGGGAGUCACGAUGCUUAAAGACGAGCCGGAUGAUCUGACCCAUUUGGCGCCCACGGCCGGUGAUGCUUGUAUACCGUUGGAAAAUUGCCCUUUUGAAAUGUUUGAUGAAUUCAUUCUCAGCGACAACUACUGCAGUCUGUUAAGUGAUGACUUGGAAAAUGGAUCUCCUGUGGAUUCUCUUAUUGCGGAUUCCUUGUUAUCUUCGCCUGAGCCCCAGGAAACAGAAUCGUCAUGCGAACAGUCAUCAUUACUGACAGAACUGUCUUUGGACACAUUCGAUGGAGCACGCUCUGACAAUGACAUCGAUGAUGGGACUUCGCCGUUUAUACCCACGACAGAUGAGCUCCCGCUACUGGAGCCGGCGGUAAUGUGGGGAGCGCUUCCGGAGAACGUGCGACAGGCCAGACCGCAGCCUUCGGAACCUCCCUCCUCGGCUCCCGCGUUACAACGCUUGCUAGCCGCCCCGCCGACGGGACCACCUCCACAAGAUAUCAUAACAAAUAUUUAUUCAGAUCAAGGACUGAUACCAAGCAGAAGCGUAUCGUCUUGGGAUCAAGGUGUGAAGAGAGUCAUGAGCGAGGACGAGGACAAUAAUGCGAAACGGGCGAAGCGAAGUCCGUCGCCUCCGCCCAAGCCCCAAAAGUCGUCCUCGAGCGUCCUCAUGAACCUCCUGGAUCUGGAGCAGCAGCGGCGUCAGGCCGUCCAGAACAAGUUCUACCCCCUAGUGCCGGACCCACAGAAGACCCCACCGACCCCCCAGAGCAGAGACAUCCCGCUGCCCGUCAUAAACUUACUCCAGGCGGAACCGAUCAAGCAGAUGACGCGCGCCAACAAGUCCAUAGCCAUCGUCCCCAACAUCCGUGCCAACUUAACCAACGCGAUGUCCCCCCUCAGCGUCAACAUAGGCUCCAUGUAUCUCCCCAGUCCGACCUACUCGGACGUCAGUCCCCGCAAGGACCUGAUCAGCCCCUACUCGACGCCUCAGUCACUGUCACCCAACAGCUACAUGUACAGCCCCAACAGAUUGCUGUCCCCGGUCGGGGCUCUUCAGGGCUACGACCCCUACUUGAACAAGUUCCAGCCGAGCCCCGGAUUUCCUCAAGCCGAUCUGAUGGAGAGCAAUAUACCGAUAGCGUCUGACUUCUGGACCGACACGGAGAUGCUGCAGAACACGAGCGAUCUAAUGUCGGCCUUCGAUGACGUCAAGCUGGGAUAACUGGUCCCGUAUGAGUGAUUUCAAUUUUGAUUGGAUGAUACGAAGCAUUUUUCUGGGUGAGAUUCCGUGGUGUAUGAUGUGUCAGGUCAGGUUCGACCUUAUAAAUGUAUUUGAGCGUAAUGAUCAAAUGAGUUUAUGUCUUAUGAAUCAACAUCUGGGAGGCUAAACUAUAUUCUCAUUUGAUUUUAUGUCUUUAUACGAUUUGUAAUUUGUAGACUUAAUGAUAAGAGUAUAUUUUGUGAUUCAAUAUUGUAUUGAUUGUUUUGAUUGUGAGUUUUGCCUACUGUAAGCUAAACAAAAUAUCAGUUCAAUUCAAUGGUUGGCAGUUGUUGUAACUGCCAAGUGCCAACCAACUUGACUAUGAAUUUUUAUGACCUUGUAUACCAGCGCAGUUUUAGCGGCGGAAAUCUCAAAUGAAUGCAGAUUUUUUUUAUUUUACAGACAAGAAUUCAGUUCCGAAAUCUUAUUACGAUCUUAAAUAUUAAUGUUAUCAAAUUCAAGAACAAGUAUCUGCCUAUAUUAAAUUCAUACUACAUGUUAUAAGAGAACGAGCUUGAUAGCUCCUACCGUAAGGCCAGCAAACAAAGUUUCUGAUAAAUAACACCUAGCUAUAGUUUCUCUCGAAAUACAACAGUUUCUGAGAAGUCUAUUAUGUAUAAAAUUAUAAAUAUACAAGAUUGUUAAAUCAUAAGAUAUGUUCGAACUUUUAACAGCCAAGCUGACAUUGCUUAUUCAUCCUAUGCCGACCUUUCGACCGGUCGGUGGUCGGCUCGAGUAAUAAAUUACAAGCGAUUUUAUAUUAUUUGACGACUAGGACCAGAAUGUCGUAAACUGCCUCCUUUUGACGAGCGAUCGUUUGUCGAGACUUAUUGAAGACUAUUCGACUCGAAUUUUUAUUGCUACAGUCUAGUCGCCCUUACUAUGCAAAAUAAUUGAUUUAAAGUAUGAAAUUACCUCAUACAUUUUUGUAGCGUAACUAUCAUGAAUUUUCCCUGAAAUGCAAGCAUUGUUAUGCCAAUCAUCAAAAUAUGUUUAAGUAAUUACUUUGAAAAUCAAUUAAAAUUGAAAUCAGUCACAUUAUGCUCCAAUUAAAACAGAUGACAUACGGUGCGAUCCCUGACGAUAAAGAUUUUUCAAAAUGGUUUCUGAUAAUGUACGAAAAAUGUAUACAAUAAAAUUAUUAUAAGAAUUAUAUUAUAAGCGUCGUAUAACAGUAGAUUAAGAAUUGAAAUUUAUUAUACUAAUUUAUAUUUCAAAUAAAUUUGUUUCCAUAUUAAAAUGUUGGAUUAUUGAAAAGAGUAGUUUUCUUUUUGUCACGAACUGCAAAUCUACCUCUGCUUUGGAAGCAAAUUAUGAUUGUACCAUAAAGUUAAUAUACCUAGCGGAAUAGAGAAACAAAGGCCUGAGCA